AUGAGACGGAGUGGGGCGGGGCGGAGCGGUGGCGGUGGUGGAAUUGGUUUAGCAUCAGGUUUCUAUCAAUCAAUUGUACUUUGUGAACGUAGUUUAACAUUAAAUAUAAAUAAAUCAUUUGUGUCUUUUUAUCAAAAUUGUAAUUUAGUUCAAUUUCUUUCAUGUUAUAUGGGUCAUGAUAUUCAAAAAAAUGGUAUUCAAUUAAAAGAUCAGGCAUUACUUGUUCGAAAAAUAUUAAAAUUUCUUUGGUUUAUCAUGUUAUGUGAUGAAGAUGCUUGUCAAUAUCGUUUAAUAUCAUUUGGUCGUCCAGCAAAUCAGCAUAAAUAUAUUAUAAAUGGCAAUGAACAAAUAAUAGCUGUUGAUUAUUUUAAUGAUAAAUGGAAAUUUCCUUUACGUUAUCCACAUUUACCUGUUGUUGAAUUAUACCAUUCAAAUGAUAACAAUCGAUUAUAUGCUUUACCAAUGGAAUUAGUUGCUGUUGAUAAAGGAAAACCAAAUUUACAAACAAUCACAACUGAACAACGUACUGAAGCAACAAGAAAAACUCUUGUUCAUCCUGAUAAAUGUUAUAGAAUGAUUCAACGUACCCAUGUAAAAAUAAAUCAAGAAAAAACGGGAUUUUAAUCGAUUUUUUUGUGAUUAAAAAUCGAUUAAAAUGAGACGAUUUUCAUCAAAUUUUAAUCAGAUUCCUUGAAUUUUAAUCAGUU